GGCAAAAUUUUGUUGAGGACUAGUCUGGAGCCAAAUGCAUUCGUAGCUAUCUAAAAUAGGGCGCAUCCGAAAGGGUUGCCGAAUAGGUGAGAAUGACGAAUAUACAUACAUCGAUGUCGGCUUCCGACAGAUGCUCGCGUUCUUUGCGCAAAGUGUUCCGACAAACAUCCUUAAUGCGGGUUUCUCCAGAGAACGUGAGGAAGGUCGACGCAAUUGUUUUCCUAAUGCUAAUUUCAUGGUGCGCCAGUGAUUGUGCGGCGGUUAGGUUUGAAACGUUCAGGAUAUAGCAAUUUUGAAGGGCCUUGAAAGGGUUGUAUGAAUAGAUGGCAGAAUCACGCAUGACUGAGAUAGUUGGAUGAGAGAAGAACAAGAUCA